GCGGCAGAGCUAUGAGGAGAGAGGUGGGACUGUGUCAGGGUACAGGGUCUCUCUGAGCGCACACACACAGCGUCUGAUCCAGAGGGUCCGAGAGACACUCCUGUCAUGGCUGGGUCCACCACACAGACGCCUCUGAAGUCCCAGCAGAAGUGUGUGGCGGUCUUCGCACUGGUCUGCUGCUGUGCCGUCCUGGUGGCCCUCAUCUUCUCGGCGGUGGAUUUAUGGGGCGACGAGGAGGACAGCAUCACAGAGGACAACUGCAGCCGCGACUGUGGCGUCUCCCUGGUGGAGACCCUCCCCCUGGACCUGCCCCUGCCCCGGGGCGGGGCCGCCCCCUCCCUGCCCCUCUCCCUGGGGCUCCACGCCCUGCUGGGACGGGCCCAGCGCUCCCUGGAGGUGGUGUCCCCGGUGUGGGAGCUGACCGCCGCGCCCCGCCACCUGGCCGGAGGGGCGCAGGGCGAGCUGCUGUUCCAGCGGCUGCUCGGUCUGAACGCCCGCGGGGUCAGGCUGAGGAUCGCCAGCAGCCUGACCAACUCCAGCGAGCUGAGGACCCUGGCUGAGCACGACGCUGAGGUCCGCUACGUCAACAUGUCUGCCAUCACGAGGGGCGAGCUCAAGUCCUCGUUCUGGAUCGUGGACCGGCAGCACGUUUACAUCGGCAGCGGAGAUAUGAGCUGGCGGUCCCUCUCCGAGAGGAAGGAGCUGGGGGUGGUUCUGACCGACUGCAGCUGUCUGGCUCUGGACCUCCACCGGGUCUUCUCCUUCUACUGGCAGCUCCAGCACCGCGACUACAUCCCCUCCAUCUGGUCCCGCAAGGUCCUCGCCCUCUGGGGCCGGCAGGAGCCGCUGGAGCUGAGCCUCAACGCCUCCGCCGCCGCCGCCUACCUCUCUAGCUCUCCAGACUCCUUCUGUCCUAAGGGGCGGAGCCGUGACGUGGAGGCGGUGCAGCAGGUCAUCCGGAGCGCCCAGACCUUCCUCCUCAUCUCCGUCACCGACUACCUACCCCUGCUCAACCGCACCUACAGAGGAGCCUUCGUAGCCAGGUACUGGUCGCCCAUCGACGAGGUCAUCAGGGAGGCGGUGAUCCUGAGGGGGGUCAGAGUUCAGCUGCUCAUCAGCUCCUGGAGCCACACCCACCCCCUGACGCUCAACUUCGCCACCUCGCUCACGUCCCUCUGCGUCGAGCUGGACAACUGCUCCCUGGAGGUGAAGUUCUUUGAGCAGCGGGAGGACGGGAAGGACGUCCAGCACGGCCUCAACCACAACAAAUACAUCGUCACCGACAACGCUGUGUACAUCGGGACCCACGACUGGGUGGGCCGGGAGUUCUCGCUGAACGCGGGGGUGGGGCUGGCCCUGGAGUCGCGGCCCGGGCCGGGGCCGCGGGGGGGCGGCCUGGUGGAGCGCCUCGGGGACGCCUUCAGGAGGGACUGGGGGUCCCGCUACGCCCAGAGCCUGAAGAGCCACAAGGGGGCCGGGGGCCACAGACCCCUGAGCCAGCACACCUCCGAGCCCCCCGGGGGCCACAGACACCAGCAGCCCGCUGAGCUGAGGAGACACCGG